AUGACCAAUCCAUCAAUUGUCAUUGUACCAGGCGCAUGGCAUCGACCUGCACACUUCCAGGGCCUCAUUGAUGAGCUCGCAAAGGUCGACUACGAUGCAGAGGCUGUGACCAUGCCUAGUGUGGACUCCAGUCCACCGCUCGCCAGCUGGGAUCAAGACGCACAAGCUGUCCGACAAGUGAUUAUGACCAAAUUGGAUGCCGGAAAAGAUGUCGUUGUGCUCGCACAUUCAUUUGGCGGCGUCGCCAUGUCCGAAGGAGCCAAGGGUUUAGGAAAGAAGGAGCGAGAUUCACAGGGGUUGAAAGGAGGAAUCAUCAAGCUGGUUUACAUGUGUGCAAUGGCAUUGCCAGAAGGACAAACCCACAUCGGCCAGUUGGUCCCGCAGACGCCUGAGGAGGAAGAGAUUGAGCGUCAACGCAAGGAGAUGGAGGUGCAGUUUGGCGGACUAGAAGUGACAGCGGACGGAGCAAUCGUUCUUCCGAAGGACCGUAUCCACCUGGUAUUUUAUAACCGCUGCGACCAAAAGGAUAUCGAUAGGGCUGUUGGGUUGCUAGGCACAUUCCCCAUGGGCCCAUUGAUUGUUCCUGCCACGUACACUGCGUACCGCGAGAUCCCGAGCACAUACAUUGUUUGCAAGAACGACCUGGCAUUACGGGAGCCGUUCCAGCGAAGGAUGAUUGCGCAGGGCGAGGGAUGCUUCGAGGUGGAGGAAUGCGAGGAGGGCCACUCCCCAUUUAUGAUGGACGCUACCUCGGCUUGUAGUUAUCAUGUAGACACGGAAUGCCGAGGGACCUCAAUUCUCCAACGGCGUCAACAUCUCCCGUCAAUCCACCGCGGCGUCAAAACACAAGCUGUGAUCCAUGCAGGCGUUCCAAGCGACGCUGUGUUGUGCAGUCCAGUCCAGACGGAAUUCCCGAUGCGAUCUGCGCAAAUUGCAGGCGUCUCAGACGCCAAUAAGCGACAGAAGCGCAGGUACGGCGAAAGCAGUGUAGCAACCACGCAACAUGAAUCGAAUGACUUCGAUACACCGAUCGAGGAUAUCGCUGGCAGCCCGAGCAAUGGAUUCGAUCCUACCUCUGUCGCUGACCAAGAUGUUCUGGCAGCUUGGCUGAAUCUUGAUUACGAUGAGAUCGUCGCGGAUAGCGUCAACGCAUUUUCAACUAAUAUCGAGCCCUCUAACUCCUCCACUGCGCUUCGUCCUGGGUCCAUAGCGCCAACAGAGACCCAGUGUGAGGGUCAGGGUCAACUGACCGCUUCGACCUCUGAACUGACCCGCUUACACGAUGGCCGAAGUAUCGGGUCAAAUCAUCGACCAACUGUUGGCCUUUCAUUCAGUAGUCCCAUCCACCUGCUGAAUUCCGGCAUAGACGCAAAGAUCUUUGGUGAUCGUCUCGCCCGGAUAUAUGAAGCAAUCGCAACAGCCAGUGCGUCGAGAUUUUUGGACUACGACUGUAAUCUCUAUGCGACUGGGAGCCGCUACCGGUUGGGAGACCAUGAAUCAGGGAGCUCAAAUGGAUCCGCGCCCCCCAGGUCAACCGUGGAUUCAACCGCUAUUUCUCCCCGAUAUGCUCUUUCAGUAUCAUCACAAGCAUUGCCUUAUGAAAUUUCCUUGCUAGGCAGCGUUCGGUUCCUUGAUCACUUGGGCGACCUAUAUGGCAAUCGACUGAACUCGACUGCGCGGAAGAAGUCAGAUGAGACUUUCAAAGCAGUUCUUCGCGCAUUCUCGAUGCAAUGGUUGCCUAGCUCGCCUUCUUUUGGAGCGAGCUCAGGUUAUGCUCACUUUCCUCGAAAUUCAAAGUCUGGAGAGGCAGGAGAUGACUCUUCCUUGGACGCCUUCAUUGAUGCUUGGGUACAGGCAAGAUCGCUUCUUCGUGAUGCGCAUGAUGUUCGAUCAUUUCGAGUUGUAUUGUCAACCCUCAUGUUUGUUGGUAUAGUUACACCAACUAAAAUAACCGACGGAGCGGAUCUCGUACCCAACCACUUUCUUGACACGGCAUUGCAAAAGUUAUCUUACUUAGAUGGACUUGUCACGCAAUACUGUGCUAACCUAGGACCAUCAUCUACAUACAGUGCUCUUGCUGAAGCAAGUUUGAGCAUUGUCCGGUGGACUGCAUAUAUCCGCGACACGGGAGCAGCGUUGGCGAUGGAUCGGCAAUGCAAACUUCCAGACAUAUGGGGUACUACAAAAGUCUUUUCAAAUAAAGAAUCCGUGACAGCAUUGGCAGUCUCUCGGAAUAUCCUCGAGUUGGAUAUCAAUGUUCAACCCAUCUGCCGGAAAGCCAGUGCAGAAACAUUCUGUGUCUGGAGGCAGAUUAUAAAGAUCAAAGCUGUUGCUAGCCAGGCGCAUGGCACUAUCAAUGAACGAUCCCUGUCAACAAUUGAAGCAAUAAAAUUGAGCGUGGCGGCUGUCCGUGACUUCAGCGAAUCAUUCCAACCUUUCAUCCUUCAUUGCAUCAAAAAUUUCCAUUGCCUCUCCACGUGUCCUAGAAUAUCCCUUGUUUCCCUUGUGAUGUUCUGGAACCUUGGCAUUUUCCUACUUGCCGAGGUCUUCAAAAAGGUGACCGAAGACCUUGAUCCCUCUGUCGACCAAGAUAUAUGGUCGGCCGUCCGGGACUAUCAGCGGGAUGCAGCCUCGUGCGUGACGCAGGUCGUCGAAUGCGUACUCAACUUACCUGCUGAGGAAGCUUUCAACCUUCAAAAUGGACUAGGCGCCGAAGUCCCGCUCACGGCCUAUCAUGUCACUCCCAGUUUGGCUGUCACAGCCCUUCAGAGGGCCAUUGAGAGUGUGAUAGACCUGCAGCUCCACUCCAAUUGUGAUGCUGGAGCAUUAGAGGACAAUGCACAAUUUUUGAUACCAGACGGUAUCUGGGAUCGACAAAUCGACAUUCUGAUGAAAGGACUCAUGUCGCUUGACGUUACUAUUGGCGGGUCACAAACCUGUGGCGUAGCCCUCGGGGAAUUGAUGCGUAAUCACGGGGAUGUACUAUCUGAGUGCUGGACUUCAGGGUUUGAGUCAUGA